GGGCCGCGGCGGGAGGGCGUGUCCGAUUAUACUCACGUGACGGGCGGGGAGGUUGGGGUGCGGGCGGCGAGCGGGGUGGACCCGACCCCACCCCUCGCGGGCCUGCCGUUCGCUGCGCAGGACCUUCCCUCGGGCCGGGGCCGGACCCGCCCCGCCACCGAGCCCGCCAGCCUGCGUCUCCGAGGCUGCCCGCCCGCCCGCCGGAGCUGAUCCAGGUUGUCUCCCCCGCAGGGCCGCGGCGAGAGGGUGAGAGUCCGCGGCUUGGGAGGGCGCCGCCCCCGCCCGCGCCCUGCGGGGCCCCGCCGCACCCGAGGGGAUGGAGAGCCGUCCACGAGGCCCCCGCACCGCCCGCGAUCGCACGCUGGCCGGCCCUCGCUAGCUGCUCCAAUUCUGCGUUUCACCCACCACCCAGGCCUGGUCUCCUGAGUCAGUGGCGUUGCGGUUCGAAAGACAUGGAAGAAAAGGAGCGAUGUGACCGAUUCCGCGCGGCCCUCCUGCGUUGAGUCCUGGUUGGCGUUUGCAGACAGGAAAAUACAGCAGGAAAAUCGUCGGGGGGGAGGGUUCGGAGGGGAGGGUGUGAGAAGGGCAACGAGGUCUUAGAUUUUCUGUGAUUUUUUGAAAACAUCCUGCACUUUGACAGCGGUGGCGAAAUACACGAAUCCAAAGUGGUCUCUCUAUUGCAAAGAGAAGAGGCGGAUUUUCUUUUUCCUUUUGAUUCCAACCUAGUCUCCCCGUGACAAAGCAUAAAUCAUGGACCUCAGAAAAUAAGGUUGGACCUCAGGGAUCCUGGAAAGACUGAGAAGCUGACUUACAUUCUUCCUCUGGAGGGAAGGGUGGGGUGUUUUCAGCCCUCUCUGGAACCUUAAACGAAAACAUGAGUUGCGUGCCAUGGAAAGGAGACAAGGCCAAAUCGGAAUCCUUGGAGCUGCCCCAGGCAGCACCCCCACAAAUCUACCAUGAGAAACAGCGCAGGGAGCUUUGUGCCCUGCACGCCCUCAAUAACGUCUUCCAGGACAGCAAUGCCUUCACCCGGGAAACCCUGCAGGAGAUUUUCCAGAGGUUAUCUCCAAACACCAUGGUGACGCCCCACAAGAAGAGCAUGCUGGGAAACGGGAACUACGAUGUGAACGUCAUCAUGGCAGCACUUCAAACCAAAGGCUACGAAGCCGUCUGGUGGGACAAGCGCAGGGAUGUCAGUGCCAUUGCUCUCACUAACGUCAUGGGCUUCAUCAUGAACCUGCCCUCCAGCCUGUGCUGGGGUCCGCUGAAGCUGCCCCUCAAAAGGCAGCACUGGAUCUGUGUUCGAGAGGUGGGAGGGGCCUACUACAACCUCGACUCCAAGCUGAAGAUGCCCGAGUGGAUUGGAGGCGAGAGCGAGCUCAGGAAAUUUCUAAAACAUCACUUGCGAGGAAAGAACUGUGAACUCCUGCUGGUGGUACCGGAAGAGGUGGAGGCCCGUCAGAGCUGGAGGGCUGAUGUGUAACGCACUUGUACCCGUCCUUCCCUCAGCUCAGCCCCGGAAUCGUCUGUAAUGUGCUGUGGCCUCUACAGUGGCUGUGCCCCCGCCGCUUCCCCAAACAUCUCACUGGGUUUCCCCCUCAGAUUGGACAGUGCAAUGGGACAGACGUGCGGACUGGUGCAGGGACCGCCGAACGGUCCUCACUCCUGGGAAAGGAAGGUAGGAGCUCGGCAUGCUUAGAGCCGGCCGCGGAAGACCCUUGUUUUAUUUAGGAAACAGAAAGGUGGGUCCUGGCUAAUCUUCCCUGUCCCCGUGAGAACUUGACCGAGGCUCCUUUGGAGUUCACUGCUGCUCUGACUCACCCAGAGAUGUGCCCCCGCCCCCCUUCCCCUUCCCCGGCGGCCGGUGGGUCUGAAGACACAGUACCUGCAAAGCCCAGGUGACAGGCUUCACAGACCCAGCGCAGAAGGGCCUCUCAGGAAACGCCAGCAGUGGUACAGCUUGGCCAUCUCCUACCCCUAAUGCCACCCCGUCACCCCCAUCGUUAAGGGCAGUUUAUGGCCAUCCUUGAUGUUGUAUACUGAAAAGCUCUGUAGUGCCCCCGCCAGGUGGUUGAAUCCCGCAAUAUUCUAGUGUGACAGGGUGAGCUAGAUACCUAAGGGGACGUGGCGGGAGCCAGGCCGGGGUGGCCUGUCCGCCUCGCUCCAGCGUCAUCCCUGCCACCUCACUACAUUGAUUGAGGGGGCUCUGGGCACAAGGCGGGCAGAGGGGCAGUUUUCCCAGUUGACACACUCUGGCAAAGUCCGGAAACCGAGUCGGCUUUUGAUAGCACAUUCCACUAGUUUGAGACACCGUUGGGGGAGGAAAGUGCUGUGAAGACCAGGCUUCUCAAAGAUUGAGAGCAGCUGGAGUCGGUAGAAGUCCUAGGCUCGGAGUCGCCCGUAGUGACAGGAAUCCGAGCCCUCAAGUUGGGUGUCCAUGCGCAUCAUGUUAUAGGCCCUGAUCUGUCACAUCUUUAGUUUCCUUUACAAAUCAGCUGAAUAUCGAUCUAUACCCCCUACCUCUUGAACUAGUUGGAGGCCACUUUUCUCCCGUAACUUUGGAAAACAGAAGAGGAGGGGAAGCGUACCACACAGUGUGUCACCGAAGUGGUCAUAGUUGCCUCGGGGUAGGGACAGCCUGUGUGCCACCGGUCUCGGCAGGUCUGAGAGCCGCCCACUGGCCAGCCCUGGGGCCCGCGUGUCAAGCCUGAGCACGCUUGACAGGAUGAAGCGGAGGCUUUCUCCCCACUGUGACUGGAGUGCAUGUUUACACCAGCACUUUUUCUGCACACGUUAUCUUCAAUCCAACAAGGCCGUUUUUAAUGCUGAGUAACAGAGGCUACCAAGCGGCUACUGCGUCAUACCCUCUCGGCAACGGGCUGCAGUCUCUUCUGCACCGGGUUCCAUACCAGACCUGCUUGGCACCACAGGGAGCUCCUGACCCCACUGCACAAUGACAUUCCAACCACCACCAGCCUGAAGUUACAGCCAACAUGAUUGUCACAAGCAGGACCUUGGGUCCAUGGGCACUGUCCGUGAUAGUAAGCCAUUUCCUGGGAGGAGGGGGGGGCACGGCGACUCCUCUCCACCAGUCUGCUUGGGCCUGUGCACAUGGCACUUCAGAGGAGUCCCCGGGGCACCUGGAGUCCAUGAGCCAAUGGGAUAUGCAAAGACGCUUCCACAUUUCAGGGCUGGUUUCUCUGUUCAUAUCCGAUUCUGGUGCUUAGGAACAGGGACCCAUGCUGACGCCCAAGGGCACAAAGCCCCGUGUCCUUGAUGGAAAGGGGCAGGCCUGACCCUGACGCCCAGUAAGGGGCAACCCUAGGCUUUUUGUUUUUCUUGCUUUUAUUCCUUUUUUUUGUUGGCCUUGUGCUGGGUUUGUUUACAAAAGAUGUAUUUUGUUUAACCAAAUAUUAAAAAUGGAAAACUCCGUA